AUGGCGACGAGAGUGUAUAUUGGCCGUCUUGCUAGGGACGCCCGUGAACGAGACGUCGAAAAACUCUUUCGUAACUACGGCACCAUCAGAGAAAUAAAACUGAUGAAUGGUUUUGGCUUCGUUGAGUUUAGAGACCACCGCGAUGCUGAUGAUGUCGUCUAUACUUUUAACGGCAAAAGCUUUAUGGGAGAGAA